UCUACAACCAUCUCAUGCUGGCUAUUCAAACACAUUGGUAGUUUCUUGAAUGGUAGUGAUAACUCUUCAAACUACAGCCAUCUUCACAGUAAGGCAAUACCUUCAUAGUAAACUAACUUUCAAGUUGUGUGGAGUUUUGAUUUGUUUUCCAGUGGACCAACAUUGCUGCCUUUGCAUUUUGUGUAUCUUGAGACCAUCUGUCAUGGAAGUCUGAAAGGGCAGACCAGUAAGGAAGCUGGACAAGGACUUUUUCUCUCUCUCCUAAAUAAGGACGAAUACUAAUAAUAUUUAUUUGUGCAGCUGAAGCUAUUACAAAACAAAAUCCAAACAAGAGCAACAGCCACAGAAAUGCCUUACUUCAUGGCACAUAUAACUAAGUCCAGUGCCACCUAGUGACUAAAUUGCAUAUAUUUUUUGUCAUGGGAAGAUACAAUUCUAAUCAAAAGCUCAUCUCAGGGAGAGUCAAUUGGACUCUGGCUGUGUGUUUCAUGGAUAGUCAAUUGAGGUCGGCUAUCUAUGGAUGAGCCACAAGAGAAGCUGCUCCAUGUUCUGCAACCUCCUGAGUUUGUGGACAAAGAUGGGCACUGGGCUUUCUGCCCUCCCCCCUACCCUCAUUUCCCCACCCUUACCCAGCCCUGCCUGGAGAUGAUGGGGGUUGACCGGAGACCUCCUGCACACAGUUUUUGUGUGUGGUGUAUUUGCAAUUAUGUUGUUAUACUAUUUUUUUAUGUGAUUGUUCUUAUGAUGCUUGAGAUGUGUUCCCAUUUUCUUUGUUGCAAGCUGCUUUGGGCAUGAUUCCUUUUGUGGAAAGGCAGCACACAAAUAAAAUGUUGAUGAGUGGAGUACAUUGCCUGACCUUUAUUUUGGGUAGGACUAUUUAUAAGCUAUGGAUAGUGAUCUGUCUCACUUUCUGAUACCUUUCUAGGGAGAAGUUGUGAAGUAUUGCCAACCACCCUACCUUCUCCUUCUACUCCAACUGAGUGCUGUCCAAAUGGCUGGAUAGGCUACCAAAGGAAAUGCUACUAUUUUUCAGACAGUGACAGAAACUGGACUUAUAGCCAGAAUUACUGUGCCCCUUUCAAUGCCUCUUUGGUCAUGAUUGACUCCCAAGAAGAGAUGAGCUUCUUGAGACGUUACAAAGGUCCUGCUGACCAGUGGAUUGGUCUCCAAAGGAUUGAUGACCAGGAGCCUUGGAAAUGGAUUGAUGGCACCAUUUUCAAUAACUGGUUUGAAAUUCAGGGAGAUGGAGAAUGUGCUUACAUAAACCAUCAAGGUGUUGCCAGCUCCAGUGGCCGAAGUGAAGAACCCUGGAUCUGCAGCAAACCAGUUCACAGAUGAGAUGUGCACUGAGCAGACUUAUAACUCCUACAUAUCACACUCAAUGAGGCAUAGCUGCCAAGUACCUCGUAUUCCCCGGGAAACCCCCGUUUUUCCUUACCAUUUCCCGGCGGUCUCCCGUUUGAGCUCCUCUCCCAUAAAUCUCCCUUAAAUCCGCUCCUGCCAGCAGCCAUUUUUCUGCUGCCGGUUUGCCCAUCUAUCAGCACCAGAAAAUGGCCACUGCUGGCUUCGGAAAUAGCUUCUACG